AAGACCAUGAAGUCCUUCAAGUUUUCCUUCUAUGCAUCACUACUAUUAAUAGUGUUGCUGUCCUUUAGCACAAGCAGUACUCGUAGUUGUGUGUCUGCCUUCACCCUGCCAUUGCUCAUGGCGGAUGUGUCUUCGACUCAAACGCAGACCUCGUCGGACUCGGAAGCUUCCGUAAGGUAUCUGUAUGAUCCCGCAGAACGGCAAGCUCAUUACAACAAUGACGCCGACAUAGCUCAGUACCUCGUAGAUCUUCACGACCAUCAGGCCACAUUUGACUUUUGCGGAGGAAUGAUGUUCCAGCUGGAACUCACGCCAGCCUUGAGGGACCAUCUCGUGCACGUGGCUGCUAUUAAUAGUGCUAGUAGCGGUAGCGGUAGUAGCGGUAGUAGCAAUAGUGGUACAUGUAGUGAGCAACCAGUGGUCUUUGAUGCAGGCAAACCACGAAUGUUCAUGACGGACAAUUACCAGCAAACCUCGAAUGCAGACAAUCUUGGCGUAUUUCAUGGCAGAGAAAUCAGACAAGUUCCCACGGCGGCAGGUGGCAUGGGAAUGGUCUUGCAACUCAGUCUAGCUACCGGUACUGGUACCCAAGACAGCACAAGCACAAACACAAACACAAACGCAGACACAAACGCAGACAAGGAAGGAUGGACAUCCGCUGAACUAGCACGCUACGACGGCUGGGGUCACGACAGUGGAAGAGAAUGGCGCAAGGGAAAUCAGCUGGAAGAGGAAGGAUUCACGAACUUUCGACAGAAAUAUGGACCCAACGCAUUCUCGCUCCAUCAUCGAUUCUUCCUUCACUACGACCGAGCAAACAGAAUCUGGUUGUCAGCCGAAGAUGGAUGCGAAGGUACACCCGCGCCCUCGCAAAAACCGUCUCUCUCCAAUCUAUUUGGACUCUUGUAGGAAACAAAACAAAACAUAACAUAAACAAAACAUAAACUAUAAACACCGAGAGCGCAAGAACCGAAAUGAUCUGAUCUAUCUUUUAUCAUUUCUUCUAUCUCUAGAGU